AGGGUGUGCUCGGGGUCAGGACACGUCACAUCCGGUGCGGCCUGGGGAGCAGGAGAGUGCUGUAAGAAUGUUGUUCACUCCCCACCUCUUCCUCACCGUCCUCCUGCUGCUGGCCUCGGGUUCCAGGGCCAAGUUCCAGGAGUUUGAUGACAGCGACGAUGUAGCAGAGUAUGACGACAAUGACUUUGCAGAGUUUGAAGAUGUUGGUGAUGAAGCGCCAACUGCUCGACCCCCCCACCACCAUACACCCGAGCAACAGCAACAUGCAGUGGAGGAGGAGGAGGAGGAAGAUGAUGAAGAGGCCACCGUAGAGCUAGAGGGACAAGAAGAAUUUGAAGAUGACACAGAAGGACAGGAAGGUGAUGCAGAUAACGAACCCUAUGAUGAUGAAGAGUUUGAAGGUUAUGACGAUAAGAUGGAGCCCGGAAGUCCCAACAAGAUGAAGGAACCCAUCACUAUUGUUGAUGUGCCUGCCCACCUACAGAAUAGCUGGGAGAGUUACUACAUGGAGAUACUAAUGGUAACUGGACUCCUCGCGUACAUCAUGAACUAUAUUAUCGGAAAAAACAAGAACAGUCGCCUGGCACAUGCAUGGUUCAACUCUCACCGCGAACUGCUGGAGAGCAACUUCUCCCUUGUAGGAGAUGAUGGGACCAACAAGGAUGCGGUUAGCACCGGGAAGCUGAACCAGGAGAAUGAACACAUUUACAAUCUUUGGUGUUCGGGAAGGCUGUGUUGUGAAGGCAUGCUUAUUCAGCUAAAGUUUUUGAAGCGCCAGGAUCUGCUCAAUGUGUUGGCUCGUAUGAUGCGUCCAGCGUGUGAUCAAGUGCAAAUAAAAGUGACCAUGAAUGACGAGGAUAUGGAUACAUACGUUUUUGCUGUUGGGACUCGGAAGACCCUGACUCGGCUGCAGAAGGAAAUGCAGGACUUGAGCGAGUUCUGUGGUGAUAAGCCCAAGUCUGCAGCCAAACUGGGUCUUCCCGAGUCACUUGCCAUCCUGUCUGAGAUGGGGGAGGUGACAGAUGGUAUUUUGGACACUAAGAUGGUUCAUUUUCUAGCACAUUAUGCUGAUAAGAUUGAAUCCAUUCACUUUUCGGACCAAUUCUCUGGUCCAAAGAUUAUGCAAGAGGAGGGGCAGCCACUGAAACUCCCAGAAACCAAGAGAACACUCCUGUUUACAUUAAAUGUGCCUGGCAACGGAAACGCAUCCGUAAAAGACAUGGAAGCCCUUGUACCAUUGAUGAAUAUGGUCAUUUACAGCAUUGACAAGGUGAAGAAAUUCCGGCUGAACAGAGAGGGCAAACAGAAGGCCGAUAAGAACCGGGCACGAGUGGAGGAGAACUUUCUGAAGCUCACCCAUGUGCAGCGCCAAGAAGCCGCUCAGAGCCGACGCGAAGAGAAGAAACGGGCUGAGAAGGAACGUAUCAUGAAUGAGGAGGAUCCUGACAAGCAGCGCAGGCUUGAGGAAGCUGCUCAGCGCCGGGAACAGAAGAAAAUUGAGAAAAAGCAGAUGAAGAUGAAGCAGAUCAAAGUGAAGGCCAUGUAAUAUGUUCCCGAUCUGUUUAAUUGGGCUAGAAAUUAAGGCGAAUAAAAUUGGCAUCGGAAGACUGCUGCUGAAUACACAGAAACAUAUACAAUUAACUGCCACGUCGUCUCCAGUGAAUACCUAUUCGUUACCCUUCUGUCAUUUUGUAGUACAGCUCUCACUACGCCUGUGGCUGCGCGAGGGUUCAGAAGAUGCAUGUUUUUGGUGAGCUAGUGUCAUCGGCUCUGAACAUCUUCUCUCUCUCUCUGGUACAGUAUCUGGAAAUGCUGGCUUGGAACCUCGGAAGGAGAAGUUUGUUCGUUAAAAGAUUUCAGGAAAUAUAAUUAUAUAGCAGCUUUCAGAAUGGAAAGUUUCUAAUAAUUGUCAUAUAGUAUGUAAAUCUGCUCCAUUUAACAGCAUUAACCCUCCUCCCUCGUUAGGCUAAAAAUUUGUCAGAAUAUAUAGAUAUUUGGGAGGUUUUAUGCCCUUCUAAAUUCUGCUAUGGAUAAUGCAAAGUAUUAAUGUAUAUACAGCUGGGGUUGGCUGUUUCGGUUUUGUAGAUUUUUUUUGUACUGCACCUCCCGGCAAAAUAUUGGGAGUUGUAAUUGCUCCUGGACUUAAAUGAUCAGAACAUUUUGAGGUUUGUUUUUUUUCUCUCCAAAAAAUGAAGGUUUUAAAGUUUUUUUUGUUUUGCAGUUAAAUAGCACGUUCACCUGUUUGAGAUUUUAGAUACCUAAAUAUAUACAUAUUUAAUUAUAUAAAAAAAUAAGUUAUUGAGAGUUUGUCAAAAGUUUCAGAUUGCUGUGAAACACUGUCAGUCAUGCCACUCAGAGUUUUAAAGAGUUGCAACAUUGUUAAUAUUUUAUAGAGAGAAAUACAUUUUUAAAAUGCUUGUAGGAAUUUUUAAAAAGCCACGUCUACUUAAAAAAAACAAAAGCUGUUUUCUGAUUUUUCUAGAUGGCUGGAGUGGACCUAUUGUGCACAAAAACAAACCAGAUGGCAUGUUUAGCACAUAGGUAAACAAAUUUAAUAUAAGAAUUUGCCUGGCUCAAUCGCUAUCAACUAAUAUACAUUAAAAAAGAUAUUUCGGUUGAGGAUUACAUCUGCCAUUGGCAAGGUGAUUACCACAAUGAUGACUAAAUUAUAAAUUUAUAAAUAAAUGUAUGUCUAUGCCAGGCUUCCUCAAACUCCGCCCUCCAGAUGUUGCUGAACUACAACUCCCAUGAUUCUCAGCCUAUUGAUGUCAUUCAUAGAAACAUGGGAGUUGUAGUUCAGCAACAUCUGGAGGGCCGGAGUUUGGGGGAAGCCUAGUCUAUGCAUUUCCUAUAUUCCAUAAUUGAGAUUUUGUGUUUUUUUUUGUUUUUGUUUUUUAAAAGAAGGCUUCUUUUAGAAGCCAUCUGUCUCUCCUAUACUGUAUAUACAAUAAGAUCAUAUGAGCAGUCAAAAGAAAAAUAAACAUACCUAGCAAUCUCUCAGCUGAAACUUAUGUUAGCAGAGAAAUUCUUUUUUUUUUUUUUCUCUUCUCAAAUUAAUAAUUUGUCUUUAGUGGCUGUCAAAACCGUUUUUCAAGGUUCAACAACAAACUUAAGAUGUAUUAACUAUUUUUUUUUUUUUCUCUCUCACAGUAUAGUUUCUUGCACUUUGCAAGUGACUCUUGAGAAAUCCAGUCUUGGAAUAAAACUGUUAAAUAUUAUUUUAAGGAAAUAUUUUCAAUAAAGAAUAUCUAAAGUAUUUGAGCAUGGCAGCAAGGCUCUAUAGUACAGAUAACAGAUUAUAUGUAUCUUAAUAUCACCUGAACCCUUUUCAAGCUCGGGAAUAUUUAUUAUCAUUAUUACAGCGUAUAAAUCAGAUGUGUCUGUAGGGGCCUAGAACACCUACACUAAUUAGAAAAGCAAUAUUAAGUUAACAUAUCUAAACCAAAAACAUUGCUGGGGCUUGGUUAACUUUUCCAGUUUGGCUAAAUGUAAAAAUAUCACUUUGAAUUCCUAUGAAAUCAUACUUAAGUGAAUAACUCUCGUGGUGUACAGUAUAUUCUGGUGUUUAGUGAAUACACAGCUGAGGAUAAAUAUAUAAUAAAAUCACAAGGAUGCUGUAAGGAAAUUUUGCAUAGAUAACUUUUCACACGUGUUAUUGCGAUCAUUUUCAGUACUGGAGGAACACGUUGCACUACUGUAAUUGCCAUUAGAUUAUUUUAUUGCUUGCCCUUCUGCUCGAAUUUUAUUAAAUUUCCUAUUUAAAGGGACAUAAUAGUGUUAGGAAUACAAAUGUGUAUGAGGUCUUCGGCCCCACCUGUGGGGAGUAAAAAACGGGUAGUCUGCUUACGCACUGCUGUCAUGCCUCCUUGGCUGAAAUCAUUGAUGAUCUCAGACAAGUCAAAGCUUUUCCCAUAAGAUAGCAUUGCGUAAAUGCCCAGCAAAAUGCCAUGCUCAGACCAUCUGAUUGAAAUAGCAGAGUUUUACUCUCGUAUUUUGUCAAAAGCACCUCUAGUGGCUGUCUGAGUGACAGCAACUGGAGUCAUUUAAUCCCUGCAAUUAAACCAUUUCCGUUUUGCCGAGCUUUCGGGUUAAGGGGGAGGGUGCAUUGAGGUGAAAUGGUCUGGGUGUCUAUAGUGCCCCUUUAAUUAAGAAUUCUUGUCCUCUAGACUUCCAGUUAUUAGGUUCCUCAAUCAUACUCUACUGCAAUAUAGUGCUACAUAAUAGUAUGUAUUCAAGUAUUCGAGUAUGGAAAUUUUCUAAUUUCGAAGUUUUACAUCCCGUCCUCUUUCCUGUGAAUGGAGGAGCUAAUUUAUAAAUCCAUGCUGCCAUGGUUCAAUAAAAAGCUCAUAGGAAACAGUUUAAACGCAAUGUCUCUUUAAAUAGGCAAUUUAAAUAGAGCAGGAAUUAAAGAUUAGUCAUAAUUUACUAGUCAUCUUACUACUGUAUCUUAAAUGCAGUCGCAAAUGGUUCUAAUGGAUCCUACGGCUAUUUAAAAAAAAGAAUUCUCCGUUCAAAUCACUAAUUUGCACACAAAUGAUAAAACAUGAAUGCUUAGCAAUAAAGGAAAGCUGGACUGCGAUGGCAUACUCAGGAACCUGGCAUCCGGUUGCUGCUUUCUGUUAAUGUUUGUAGAUGUGAAUGCUAUCAUGUUGAAUUAGCAGAUUGUGGUUGACUGCAUACACUUUCCCCCUUUCUGAUACCUGGGUAGAGUCUUAAUGCCUCCCGGGAUGUUUGGCAGCUAGUACUUCCACCCUUCUGAUUUUUAACUGGCAAAAAAAUAUUGAAAUAAAAUUGCUGAAAUAUU